AUGGUCAAAGGGUAUCCGUUGCGGAUACCCGCUAUCCGCUGGCGGAUACCCGCCAGUGCCAACGGAUACCCGCCAACGGGUGUGGAUUCGGGUGCGGAUGGCCCCUUUUCCGCUAAAAGUUGGCGGGUAUCCGGGUAUCCCAAAGGAUACCCGUGGCCGGAAGGGGAAAUGGCCGGCUGGAAGGAGACCCUUCCAGCCGGCGAGGUACGGGGCUUGAUAACGACACGCCCUCCCCCCUCGCACACGCACGCCCACACACCAAUUUUUUUUGGCGUGUGGGUGCACACGCCUUGCGGAUCCUCUCGUGUCCCUGCACACGCCAGGGAUCCACAGGGUCCAAACCCUGUUGGCUGGCGUGUGCAGGAACACGCCAGCGGACCUUGCUCCAGCUCAUCAGGAGAGUUUCCUCCCGAUGAGCUGGUACACAUUCCAGCUCAUUGGGAGGAGCAUAAGGUGAUGUUGGUAGGUUCGAUCCCUGAUCUUCGCCUGGGCUCGAGCUGUUCGCGUUCAAAGGCUUGCUGUCCUCACGGCAAAACGCAAGAAGGAUAUGCGAUAAACUAA